CGGUCACCCGCGAUGCAGCAAAAGCACUGACUGUGGAAGCCUAGGGACGGUUUGGCAUAGGCGCACCAAGGCAUGUUAGAGCACCCCAAGGUGCCCACAACACCAACCGUGCUCUUGUCUAUUCGUCAGUUCCUUGCCAGUCUGUCCAGCCUGUCCCACGACAAUCAUGUCUGCACUAGAUAACUGCCUCAUCCAAUCCUCGGGCCCAUGAAUCGCUAGGGUCAUCAUGCCCAAUGGUCAUCGUCAAACUCAUAAACAGGGACUUGUCCAUCCAAAUCAAGUCGCGGUCAGGCCCAUCACAUCACACCUCCUCCUCCAAGCCCUCCUCCUCCUUCUCCUCUCUAUUGCGGAGUUGCUUCCUCGUGCGGACAACCUUCUUUCCGACCGAGCUCUGCCGUUUGUUCGUAACCGUCUGAUUGUUGCUGAAUAGUCUCUCCUCUCAUAUACCUGACUCUUCUGCGCUUUUCGGUGACCGACAACUUGCGCCUGCUUGAAGCAGUCGUAUUCGUCUCACAGAAAAGUCGCCGAAAAGGCACCCCAUCUCCCGACUGAGGACGCCGAAUCGCAGCAGGACCGUAUUCCCGGUCACCGCCCGUCCGAUAAUCCUCGAGUCGGACUCUGACCACUGGUGAAAGUACUGAGUGUAUAGUACUUCUGCUACUUGCCGCGUGAUCUCUCACGCUCUUCAGAUACAAGCAGCCUUCCUCCUCUCACCUCCACCAUGUCCGGUACAGCCAACCGCAUCAAGGAAGGGGCUCGAUCCGCGGCCUCAAAGGUCGAAGAAGCUGCUUCAGAAGCCGUCCAUAACCCAGCCCAAGCCAAAAAUGACUUCCUCCACACCCCGAUCAUGCGAGCGGCCCUACCUUUCAUCAACGGAGGCCUCUCCGGCAUGUUUGCAACAGCCUGCAUUCAGCCCAUAGACAUGGUCAAGGUGCGACUGCAAUUGGCAGGAGAAGGCGUAAGAACAGGACCCAAACCCACAGCAUUUGGCAUAGCAAAAGACAUCAUUGCACAAGGCAAGGUGCUAGACCUGUACACGGGUCUCUCGGCCGGUCUGUUGAGACAGGCAGUCUAUACCACUGCCAGAUUGGGCUUCUUCGAUACAUUCCAGAACAUGAUGCAGGCAAGAGCAGAGAAGAAAGGCACAAAGAUUGGCUUCCUAGAGCGAGGCGCCGCGGGUCUGACUGCGGGUGGUCUGGCAGCUAUGGUCGGCAAUCCUGCAGACUUAGCACUCAUUCGCAUGCAGUCGGACGGCUUGAAGCCCAAAGAACAGAGGGCCAACUACCGGUCCGUCUUUGACGCUCUGAUGAGAAUCGCCAAAAAUGAAGGUAUCGGCGCCUGGUGGGCCGGUGCCUAUCCCACAGUGAUUCGUGCCAUGGCCCUGAACUUCGGUCAACUCACCUUCUUCGCCGAGUCCAAGGCACAGCUCAGACAGCAUGCGCCGAAUCUGUCGGAAGGCACCCGAACGUUGAGCGCAUCUGCCAUUGCCGGAUUUUUCGCCUCGUUCUUCAGUCUCCCCUUCGACUUCAUCAAGACGCGUCUGCAGAAGCAGCAAAAAGGUCCGGAUGGGAAGUUGCCAUACAGUGGGUUCUUUGACUGCGCCAAGAAGGUUGUUCGUGAUGAAGGUUGGUUGAGAUUUUAUCGUGGAUUCCCUACCUACUAUGUCAGAAUUGCGCCGCAUGCGAUGAUCACGCUGAUCGUGGCCGAUUAUCUGAAGUUGAUCACGGCUUGAUAAACACAUGACCCACGGGGGUCUCGCAAUAUGAAUGAGGAAUAUCUUGUCGUCUUGAAAGGGUUCGGAGGAGAGGCUGACAAUGUUGAAAAAGCAGACUACCAGAAAGAGUUGGAUAUGUCAUGCCACGGCCGCGAAGAGGAGGAGCUGAAGACGAGAAACGCGCACAUCCAUUGUGGCCACGUCGCUGAUUCAUCUCAUAGCGCCCAGCGCAUCGAGGAAAUUUUGCCGGAUGAUUUAUAUAUCCUCUAUGCGGUAGUAGAUCUCCCUACCAUUUGAGGACGAUGUCUCACGAUCUAGCAUUCAGACGAGUAUGGAGGUAGCAUAGUCGACUUGGUAGGAAGAUACCUAGUAUAGACGUCCUCAUGGACUGAAAAUUGAACAUCUAACUUA